GAUCAUUUGGCCUCAGUUUCCACGGAGGCGGAGAAGGAAAGGGACCCGAGAAAUAUUUAAAAAAAAUUGACGUAACGGCUUUCCUGGAAACGCCGGUUCCUGUGAGCUCUGUUUGUUGACAGACCCUUUGGCCGAGGAUUAGAGUCGGUGAUCGGGUGGAAACCGGGUGUGUUAGUUUUAAAUAAACCGUUCGCUUUGUCCGUGGGCCUGGCCUGGAGAGUGACUGAGCUGUGGCCAUGAGGAGUUUGCCGUAUUUCUGCCGCGGGGAGGUGGUCCGAGGAUUCGGCCGAGGCAGCAGAGAGCUGGGUAUCCGCACAGCCAACUUCCCAGACAGUGUUGUAGACAACCUACCAGGCGACAUCACUACUGGUAUUUACUAUGGCUGGGCCUGUGUUGGUCAUGGAGAUGUGCACAAAAUGGUUAUGAGCAUUGGUUGGAACCCAUACUAUAAAAAUACAAAAAAAUCUAUGGAAACGCACAUUAUUCAUACUUUCAAAGAAGAUUUUUAUGGCGAAAUACUCAGCAUAGUAAUUGUUGGAUACAUCCGAGCAGAAAAGUCUUUUGAUUCAUUAGAUUCUCUAAUUACAGCCAUUUGCAAUGAUAUUUCUGAAGCAAAGGAAAAGCUAGAUCUGCCAGAAUAUCAGUGCAUGAAGGAUGACAACUUCUUCAGAUCACAUGAAAACAGUAUAAUGAAUGGCCAUUGACCAACGUUUGUGCAAUUGUGGCUUCUUAUCAUGUUCUGUGUACUUUUAGGCAGUUGUUGACUUAGCAUAACAUAACUGUGCUGAACCCUGUGCAGACUUUCCGUCUAAAACAUUUAGAACAGCUCACAAAGAAAGUAAUACAUUUCACAAAAAUAAACUCUGAUGCAGGUGCCAGUUGUUUAAAUUUUAUCAUCUAUGCAGUUGCCUGUUUCCGGAUUACUGAAAUCUUAAAUGUCUUUCAUGUGCUUUAAUUUUGGUAUUCUCAGUUGAUAAAAUACCAUAACGAUGUGAGGCUUAAAGAGAUUGUGUGAUUGUAAUAAAUGUACACUUAAUGUAUCAUAUGACAUCUACCUUAGAUGGGACAUAAAUUCAUCAAUACCUCAUAAUAUAGAUGUUUAAGGAAGUCAUACGAGCAUGUUAAGACUAUAUUCACUGAAAUUCUUUAACAGCACAUUUUAGCCUGUGUUUCUGUUACUAACAUUUGCUCACGUAUGAAGAGCAAAACCCUUAAACCAUUUCUGGAAUUAGAGAGUUGUAUAGUAUUUUUAUUCCUUCACAUCAGAAAUACAAGCCUGUUCUCUGACUGCACCCCAAACUUUCUAACAACAGGAGACUUGCAAAGGAAUAUGGUUCCAAAUAUGCUGUCAGCCUUCUGGUAUCUCGCCUCAGUGGGUAUUCUCUAGCUAUGAGUGUAGAAAGUGAAUAUUGAAUAAAUUGAGUGGUCGAAGCGAGUGAAUUAAGCAUAUGUUACAACCGAAUUUGAUCCAGCCCAUUUACCUGCAGCACUUAGAAGGUCUUCCUGUGUAGUGAUUGGUAGAAAGGUUGAUCAGUGCCUCCCUUAUGACCGCAGCUGAAAUCAGCAAACUCAGGAAAGUUUAGGGAAUGUGCCUGGAGCAUUAUUGCAUCCAGCCCCUCUAGAUGAUGGUACCCAUACGUGAUAGAUACUUGAUCAUCAUCUGCUAGGGAAGAAAAUACAUAGGGGAUGGUGUUCCUGAAAAAAAAACUGUUGAAAGUGUGCAGUUGUAUUUACAUCUCUGUGCCCAGCUACUUUACAUGGAGUAUGUAACUAUUUAAGAUAACCUUGAGUGCCAGAUUAGUUUUCCAAUCUCACAGCUUUUUGCCAGCAAAUGUUAAUCAUCAAAGCCUAUUACAGUGCAUGCAAUACCAAUCGUGUUCUCUUCAAACCCUUUAACUUAUGUUUUUUGCCUUUUUUUAAAAAAAGGCAUACUUUCUCUUCCAUUUCAUUUGCCUUUUUAAAUUCUCCUCUGAUUUUAUUUUACAAAAGAACCAGUAAUUUUGUUGGCUUCAAGCACUGUCAAAGUACACUGUAGCAGAUGACAACAAUUGUUCAUCUAUGCAAAAUGAAUCUCUAGCAUCUGAAAGCUUUACAUUUGUCCCCGUAGUUUUGCAUGUUAACAACACAAAGAUCCUUGCAUCUGUGAUGUACAGCAUUAGUAAAAUAACUCAUUGUUACUCUGAUUAUUUGAAUUAAAUUCUUUAUAUGUUGCCACUGUCAAUGUCGGGCAACACAUCAGGAAAGCCAUACCUUCUGGUAGUGUACUUGAUUGAUGUGCAUCAAAACCUUGGGGCUAAAGUUUACGGAAUUUUCUGUAACCUGUAAUUGAUGUUGAAAUUUAUGAUUCAAUCAUCAUCCUGUUUGAUGUGGAUUGAGAAAAAUUGACUUAGUAUUAUUGUAGUUCUUUAUCAUCUUACCCAUGUACCAAGAAGGAUUAUCCAAUUACUGUUUGAUUUCAAGACAUUCACAUGAGGAAUAACACAUUUUCAGUAUUAGUGAAUCCCCUCUGAAUACUCUUCAUCUCCAAAUAAAAGCUAAUGCUUUCCCAUUGUAAAUGCCAUGGAAAUAUAUCCACGGAUUUGUAACUUCCCUCUGUAUAGAUGUCUAUACAGAAUACUAAUUUCUCAUGAUGAUUAGAAAAAAACAUUUAUGAUUUCUUGUUCCCAACAGAUGACUGGGUAGAAUUGGGAAUAGACUGUUGAGUGGCUCCUCAGUUGCCUUUCAUUGAUCCAUUUUGCUACCAGCUAUUUCUGUCCUUUCCUGUAGAACUCUUGAUGCAUGUGCAACAGAAACCUAUCUACUAGGUAUUUAUUUUUGUCACCUGAAAACAUCUGUGUGUCAUGCCUAAAAGAACUGUAAAAACAGCAUUUACUGCUGUAUAAUCUAGCUCUGCCAGAAUAUGCCCACAUUGGCAGUGGGAGCAGCAUGGUCCUUUGUAGAACUAAUGAUACCACACAGUUAUUAAAUAACUUUUUAUUGUAAUUCAGUAGAAAAGGGAUCCAGUGGUAUAUAAAAGGUUAAAGAAGUGAUAAAGGAGCUUCCAACAUAAAAUUAAAUUGUCUGGGCUUAUGUAAUUUGUUAGUCAUUAUCCGAUUUCCUUGCAUUGUAGGUGUUAAAACUAUGCAAAAAAUAAAUAACUCAUUCUGCUUUAAAUUAGAAAAAGGCAUAAUGUAUUCCUUUCCACUGUGGGGGAGAAAACAUAUUUUAAAAGUCUUUGUAUAUGGCCAACAUUGAGUUUUCCAUUAAGAUGUUUUGGAGUUAUUUAUGAUUUUAAUAAAAAUGCAGGAAGCUGAAAGUGAUGGAGGCAAUUUUAAUAUAUUUAUUGAACACUCAUAUCAGUAGAGAAGGACUUUUAAUGUUUUCGGUAUGAAAUGGCCCUGUGUUUUGCUCCUCAUUUCACACCACCUUAAUUACUGCAAGUGAUUAUGACACUCAACUUUAUGACUUCAUAUGCAUUCUCCAUUUUAAGAGGAAAGUUCUCUAAACUGUAGGGUGGGUGUGGAAUAUGGUGUGAAACAAGAAUGUUUAACUUUUUAAUGUCAUUAUCUAUUAUUUCAUUGUGAGAAACGUGCAACAAAUGUUUCACUAAUGUAAGAAGCCAUAAUACUGUUAGAUAUGUAAUUUAUUUAAAAUCAAGACCAAAUUUUAUGUAUGUAUUUUUGUGGCAACUUGCAUUAUUUUCUUUUGACUGCUAAGUUGAGAUUUUAAUAUAUGGAACAUGUCACAUUUAUGUUUUGUUUUAAUGUUAAGGUCUGGCCAAGUUCUAUUCUGUGGAACUGUUGGUGGAAAUGAUUCUUUCAAAGUCAAAAAAAAAGUUCAUGUCGAA